ACACCAUCUGUCAGCCUUAUCCAUUCAAUGAAACUGCUUCACAUGGUCUUUCCUCUAUAAAUUGAUUCUCUUCUCAACCUUCUCCAGUCCUCUCUCUUCACCCAAUCUCAUAAAAAUAAGAGAAAAUUUGAAAUGGCUGAUAUUGCUAUUAUGGUUGCUGAGGAGUAUGAAAGGAGAAUCAAGGAUUCAAGAAAGGUAUCUGCAGAUUCAGACAUGAAAGUUGGCAACUGGAUUUCUUUUCUGUCUCAGAGUGUGAACAAUAAGGUUAGGCUACAGAACAUUGAAGAUGUCAAAUGGGUUUUUCAGCCUAAGACCCAAGUUGCUCUUGCAGCUUCCAAUGGCUUAUUCUCUGCCUGAAAUUUUCCUCUUCUUGAUUUUUUUUUUUUUUUUUGAAUUAGUAAUUAUGUAUAAAUUUUAUGUUCCCUUUUGUUUUCAAAUCUUGAUUUGUAUCUAAAAAAAUUAUGAUCAAGAGGAAAAUUAUUGCAUUUGCAUUCUCA